AUGCUGACUCUGCAAGAGGUCCUGAACGACUCGGUAGCCGACAAUGGCGUCGAUGAUGAGACCGACAUCCCCAUCGAGCACACCACCCUGCCAUACAACGUCCGCACCUGGACCGGUCUGCAUGUCGCCACCUGGCUGCAUCUCAACGGAUUUUCGCUGCACUCCUCCAACCUGAACAAUAGCUUGACUGGAAAUCACCUGCUCAAAAUGACAAGCGAGGACCUCAAGAUCAUCCUGCGCAUUGCCGACUGGGAGCAGCGCAUGAAGCUCUGGCGUGCCAUCGAAAAGCUGCAGCUUCGCCAGCAGAUGCUGAGCUCCAACGAGUACAGCCGCCCCGCCACCAAGAGCGUUGUGCGCGAAGACCAGCUCCAGUAUCCGUGCAAGGUCCACCUGUCCUCCCAGGAAAAAUCCGUCAUGGAGGUGCGCCGCCGCCCUGUGGCCGCCCAGGACCGCUGGCGAAAGCUUUCCGACCUGGAUCUCAAGUCGGACAUCAGCUAUCCACGCCGAGAGUCUGGCUACAGCUCAACCGCAGCCUCCGAGUCUGAGGAGAUUCUCACAGAGUCCAAGGAAAAGCACCUGGAAUGCCUCAAGAUCUUUGAAGAGUCGCUGCAGGCCAAGGUUCUGCUUGGCAGCUGGGGCUACAGCAACUGUUCGCUGAUUCAGCUCUCGGACUCCGAGAUGGCCCUUGCUAUGGAGCUGCUCGAGCACAACUCGUCACUCCAAUCACUGACGCUCUGCUACAACGGCAUCAACGACGAAGGCGCCAAGCUGAUUGCCCAGGCCCUGUCAAAGAACACCACCCUCAAGGAACUCGACCUCAGCUCCAACUGUAUUGGGCCCGUUGGAGCUCAGGCAAUCGCCAACACCCUCGUCCAUCACAACACCACCCUGACUUCUCUCCGACUGAACUGCAACUCUCUUGGAGACGCCGGUGCUAUUGAAAUUGGCUUUGCUAUCCGUGGCAGCACCUCCCUGACGGACGUCGAUCUGACCCAGAACGACAUCACGGACAAGGGUGCGGUGUUCCUCGCCGAGUGUCUCACGGCCAGCACCCGGAUCAAGUCACUGAAUCUAAUCGGCAACUCCAUCGAAGCUGCGGGCACCAAGCGUCUCCUGGCUGCUUUCGAACGCCACACCACGCUCCAUGCAAUCCACAUGAAUGGCUCAGGUGGCUGGGGCCAGCGCACAUCGCCUGUUACCAAGGUCAAGAUCGAUCCCAAGAACCGGAACCAGCAGCCUCCGAGUCCCGAGCCGCUGACGCCCACUGCUGCAAAGCCGCGUUUGAAGCGGAGUGUCUCGCAGACACUCUUUUCGUUCCUGAGCCGAGGCACCACCAAGUAA